AUGAACAAAUAUCGUACUCUGCAGCAGCUUGGAGAUGGCUCGUUUGGCUCUGUAAUCCAAGCAGAGAACUUGGAAUCUGGAGAAACUGUUGCCAUCAAAAAGAUGAAGAAGAAUUAUUAUCGUUGGGACGAAUGUCUGAGCCUUCGUGAAGUCAAGUCACUCAAAAAACUCAACAAUCAUGUCAAUAUCAUUCGAUUGAAAGAGGUUUUAAGAGAACAUGACAAGCUGUACUUUGUAUUUGAAUAUGCUGAUGGAAAUCUGUACCAAAAAAUGAGAAAUCAAAAUGGAGUACUAUUUACAGAAAGUACCGUAAAGGCAUACACAUUUCAAGUAUUGCAUGGACUCGCAUACAUGCACAAGCACGGAUUUUUCCAUCGAGACAUGAAACCUGAAAACUUAUUGCUGGUUGGAGACAUUGUUAAAAUUGCCGAUUUCGGACUUGCCCGAGAGACUCGCAGUUUGCCGCCUUAUACAGAGUACGUGUCGACAAGAUGGUAUCGCGCACCUGAAGUAUUGCUACGAUCUACACACUAUUCUUCACCUAUAGAUAUAUGGGCAGUUGGCGCUAUUAUGGCAGAGCUUUUUACAUUGAAACCCUUAUUUCCAGGAGCAUCAGAAAUUGAUGAGAUAUUUAGAGUAUGUUCCAUUUGUGGCACACCAACAGCAGAAUCGGGAUUGCGACUUGCUGCAAAUAUGUCGUUCAAAUUUCCAACACUUCCUGCAAUUCCAUUUGCAGAAUGCGUUCCCAAUGCACCCGAUUAUGCGUUGCAAAUAAUGACAGAUAUGCUGCGGUAUGAUCCACAUCGACGACCCACUGCUCAAGAAGCAUUGCAGCAUGUAUGGUUU